AUGAACCAGGUGAUCGUGUUCUUGGUAAUGGCCAUGGGAACCCACAGCCUCAAUUUUCGGAUCCGGAAGGACUGCACCCACUGGCCCAGAUGCUGCCCCAGCAAAAGGCAGGACCCCGCUCAUGAGUCUCUGAAGGGGAACACUGUGCUCAAGCUCCCCCAAGAGGCCACUAGCCUCACCCACCACCCAGAAUCCUGCAGGGCCAGUGAAGACGGACCCCUCAACAGCAGGUCUAUCUCCCCCUGGAGAUAUGAGUUGGACAGGGACUUGAACCGGCUGCCCCAGGACCUGUACCACGCCCGCUGCCUGUGUCCACACUGUGUCAGCCUACAGACGGGCUCCCACAUGGACCCCCUGGGCAACUCGGAGUUGCUCUAUCACAACCAGACCGUCUUCUACCGGCGGCCGUGCCCUGGCGAGCAGGGUGCCCGUGAGGGCUACUGCCUGGAACAGAGGCUCUACCGUGUCUCCUUGGCUUGUGUGUGUGUGCGGCCGCGAGUGACGGCCUAG